AUGAAUCUUGUGUCAGUAGAAAGAGAUUGGGUCAUUGUUGUGGCACGCUCGGAUACUACUGCACUUCGAAGCAUACUAGACGGUGUUUCCACGGAAACAGCAAUUCUUGUCAACCUCGCAAUGAACUGUGCUUCAGUUAUUGUUGAGUAUUUCACCAUUGCUAAAGUUUAUUAUCAAGUACCCGAACUACAGCAUCCAAAGACUACGCCCCCUAUUGUACCACAAAAUGAGGAACAGCAAACUCGUCAGAAUGUCUGGGUAGCGUUCAAGAAGGCUAUACAAAAGACGUCCAGUGAUCUUCGACUUUACUUUACACACCCUGCAUUUGCCCCCUCGUUCUCAAUAGCGCUCCUUUACUGCACAGUUCUGUCUUUUGGUGGAGUUAUGGUUACAUAUUUGCUAGCGAGUGGAUACACUUCAGCUCAGAUUGCUGCAAUGAGAACAGUCUCGGUUACUCUUGAGGUUCUCGCCACAUGGAUUGGACCAUGGUUGAUGAAGAGAAUUGGACCCGUUCGUGCUGGUCUUUGGUUCCUCAGCUGGGAACUGGGGUGCUUAGCAAUCGGUGUAUCAAUCUUCUGGCGAUAUGCUGACAACGUCUUGGUAUCGACGCUGGGACUGGUCUGCGGUUCAAUGUUGAGCCGAAUCGGGCUUUGGGGGGUAGAUCUGUCUGCACAGGUCAUUAUUCAAGAGGCGAGUUCUGUUGUGGAAGUUGAGGCAGAGAAACGAGGAGCCUUUUCUGCUGUGGAAGCCAGUUGGCAAAAUGUGUUCGAGAUGUGUUCAUAUACGUCGACCAUCAUAUUCUCGUCACCCAGUCAGUUCCACAACCCAACAGCGCUCAGCGUCACGGCAGUAUUCUUUGCAUGGCUACUGUACGGCUCUUUUGUCAAGAAGCGAAGAGGACAUCUCGUCCACUGGCCGACUUGCAUGUCCCCAGAAAAGCAGCAAGCAACGAUCGACGAGCUGUUCGAGUCCGGGCCGUCGAGGCGAAGAGAGGGGCUCUGA